UUUCUACGCACUAGAUCUUUAGAAAUAUUUCAUUUUAAGUGUAUCGAGCAUGCGUGCUCCAGAGCUUUCUUCCGUCGCUAGUUAAAUCUCGAGCGAAGUAUGGUUGCAACCACGGUGGCCAAUUUGCGUCCUCCACUGCCCCGAUUGGUGCUCGAGGACCUGUCUGGGGACGAGGAAUCGAGGCCGGUCUCCUUGAUCCUUAGCAAUAGCGAGGACGAGCUCGGUGACAAUGACAGUCAGCCCAUCCAAGAAAACACUUGGCCUAGCGGAAAUAAUCUGAAGACUCGACCAUCCAUUCUUAGACCCUGGAGCACGCCAAACCUUCCAGGGACCAGGCACUCUGUGUCAAGGGCGUUGUCUGCUAGGGUUCAGUUGCGAGUACGCCACCGAAGUGGGAGCCGGAAACCAAGGAAGCGAGUCGUGUUCAAGAACGGAGAGUGCAACGUGUUGCAGACCAACAUCUCGAAGCGCCGGCUGCGCUACCUGCAGGACAUCUUCACGACGCUGGUGGACGUGCAAUGGCGUUGGACGCUGCUCGUCUUCGCCCUGAGUUUCGUCCUCUCGUGGCUGGGUUUCGCCGUCAUCUGGUGGCUGAUCGCCUUCAGCCACGGCGACCUCGAGCCCAACCACCUGCCUGACAGCCAAGAGGAGUCUGGCUGGACGCCGUGCGUUGUCAACAUCUUUAACUUUGCCUCUUGCUUCUUGUUCAGCGUUGAGACCCAACACACCAUUGGCUAUGGUUCAAGGUCUACAACCGAAGAGUGCCCUGAGGCCAUCUUCAUCAUGUGCCUGCAGAGCAUCACGGGAGUGAUGAUCCAGGCCUUCAUGGUUGGCAUCGUGUUCGCUAAAAUGUCCCGUCCGAAGAAGCGCACGCAGACGCUGCUAUUCAGCCGCAACGCGGUCAUCUGUCAGCGGGACGGCCAGUUAUGCCUCAUGUUCCGGGUGGGCGACAUGCGAAAGUCGCACAUCAUCGGCGCCGGCAUCAGGGCGCAGCUGAUCCGCUCGCGGCAGACCAAAGAGGGCGAGUUGCUGGCCAUGUACCAGCACGAACUGGUGGUCGGCGCCGACAGCGACCAGAACGACAUCUUCUUCAUCUGGCCGAUGACCGUGGUGCACAAGGUGGACGCCAGCAGUCCGCUGUACAACAUGAGCGCGGCCGACAUCAUCCGCGAGCGCUUUGAGAUCGUCGUCAUCCUCGAGGGCUGCAUCGAGAGCACCGGACAGACCACGCAGGCCAGGUCGUCGUACCUGCCGUCCGAAAUUCUUUGGGGGCACCGCUUCCAGCCGCUGGUUUCUUUCAGCAAGGACAGGGGAGGCUACGAGGUCGACUACAGUCUCUUCAACAACACCUAUGAGGUCGAGACGCCGCUUUGCAGUGCCCGCGACCUCGAGCACUUCAACCGAAUCCAGGACGAGCUCCGCCAUUCAGCCGAAAUCUCCGUGCAGAACAUGACCAUGGCCAACAGUUUGGUGCCUUUCGGUGGGGGUCUGCGCAGGGUGACCAGCGAGCCGGGAGCGCAGGCGGGCCAGCCUGGCGCCUUGCAGCACGCUGGAGUGCCACUGCUCGCCCUGGACCAGACUCCCGACUCCCCCGACUGAAUGUAUCACGCGCAGGAAAAUGUCAAAGAAGAUUUUACCGCGGGAGCGCCACUCACUGGACCCACUUGUAAUUAACUUAAUUAUUAUUUUACUAGUAGCGAAACGAUGAAUAAUGUGCAACGUGUGAAGCAUCUCAGUAUCAAUAUAAGUGCCAUUUCAGUAGGAGAGAAUAAUCUCGAAAGUGAUAAUAUAUUUUAGUGUGUAUCGCAUUGCGCACAUGAUAGAACAUUCAAGUAAUGACUUUAAUAAAGUGCCUUUUCCACAUGGCUGAUUCCAUAUUUCGGAUUGCAAAUAAAUGUGAUGUUAUUUACGGGGAUUUGGAAUUAGUGUUUUAAAUAAAACAAGCAAACUCGGGAAUCCGGAAAGCUCAACAAAAUAUCAAUGCUUAUUUUUUUGCGAUUAAAUAAAACACCAGUUGACUUGUUA